AUGACACCGUCUUUGAUGAUGGUUGAAUUGUUAUUUUAUAUGAAUUUGGGGUUGUCUGUUUUGGUAAAGAUAGAAGUUGCCGAAGGCUUUGAGCUUGACGAAGUUGCUGGAGGCAACAAGCAUCUUCAAGUUGAGGACGGCGAUUUCGGCGGCCAUGACGAUGAUUCGAAGCUGUUAGAAUUAAAAAAACAGGAAACUAGUAUUGGAUGGGAUCCUUCUAAGAAGACCGUUGAUGCACCUCCUGAAUGGUGGCAAAGCAAAAUUCAGGAAAAUCCAGAGUAUCUCAAAUUUCGCGACAUGGGAAUUUUUCCUGACAUGAUGGACAUUUAUGAUAAGAUGUUCAAGGGUAGCUCAGCUCUAGGCCAUUGUGUCAUGAUUCCUUCAACUAGUAUAGAUGUUGAAGAGGUUGUGGAGGAUUCUGAGUUUAAUGUUAUUUCUGCUGAUGAUGAGGAGGAUCCUGAGCUAGGUAAUGAAGAUAGGGGGAAAAAGAGAACAAAUGAGGACAGACCAGCAAAAGCUAAUAAGGACAAAGGAGUUAUGAGAGGGCCAAAGGGGAAGAAAGCAAAGGUGGGAGGUACAGUGAAAUUGUCUAAACAAAUUUAUCGUCUUGUUGAGGUAGUUGAGAGUAGGAGUACAGCGACUUCAGUUCACACAAAUUCACAAGGAACUAGUAUUCAGGAGGUGAUGCAAGUUGUUGCAAGUUUACCAGGAGCAGAAACUGGUACCAAGCUGUGGUGGCCGGUUUGCAACAGAGUUGUUUUGCUCUCAAGAGAAGCAGGAGAUGUUUUCAGUUAUGACAGAUCCUGA